GAAUUGAACUUUAUAUAUAGACCGGAGCACAUUAGAGCAAAACACAGUAACUCAGGAAAGGAGGAGCAAUUAAAAACACCAUGGCUUACGACUCCAUCUUCCUCUGUUUUGUUUUGCUCCUAACAACCCUCCAUAGCCUCCAAGCAGUUGAUUACACGGUCACCAACCGUGCUGAAACAACCCCAGGUGGCAUCCGUUUCAACAACGAGCUUGGAGCAGACUACACUAAACAGACUAUGGCAUCAGCAACCGACUUUAUCUGGAGGCUCUUCCAGCAAAACACAGAAGCAGACAAGAAGAAAGUAGCCCAAGUGUCCCUGUUCGUGGACGACAUGGAUGGGAUCGCCUAUGCAAGCAACAACGAGAUCCAUGUAGGAGCCAAUUACAUCAAUGGAAUCAAAGGUGAUAUAAAGUGGGAUUUCAAUGGAGUCCUUUACCAUGAGAUGGCACACAUCUGGCAGUGGGAUGGAUCUGCUGGGACCAAAGCACCUGGUGGGUUGAUUGAAGGAGUUGCAGAUUUUGUGAGACUCAAGGCUAAUUAUGCUCCACCAAACUGGGUGAAGCCAGGUGAUGGCAAGAGAUGGGAUGAGGGUUACAGUGUUACAGCUUGGUUUUUGGAUUACUGUAAUGGUCUUAGAAAUGGGUUUGUUGCAGAACUUAACAAGAAGAUGAGAGAUACUUACAGUGAUAGUUUCUUUGUUGAGUUGCUUGGGAAGAGUGUUGAUCAGUUGUGGAGUGAGUACAAGGCCAAGUAUGGCAAGAAUUAACUAGCUAGCCAUGCAUUACAUAGGUUAAUUUCAAGUAUUAUUGAUAUGCAUAUGAAUAAAAGCUAUUGAUAGGAAAAA